UGUUUUGGAAUAGGUCAAAUGCAGCCAUUUUCCAACCAAUCUCAUGGGAGAGCUCUCCCUCUCUCUCCUCUCUCUUUCCUCUGUUUCUAGCGGCUAGUGACCCUCACGUUCUGUCCACCUCUCAAUAAGUCCAUCCCUUCUUUUGUUUCUCUCUGCUUUUCCACCAAGGCUACACAGUAAACACUCUUCUCCUCCUCUCUUCCCUUCUUCUACUUCCCUUCACUAUCCUUUGUUUUUUCCUUGUAAGAGUCGCUAUCCUCUGUUUGUUCUUAAAGUUGCCAUCUUCGAGCUUUUUCCUUGCUGUAUGUUCUCGCAUAAGUGAAUUCCCAUUUCUGGGCUCCUUUUGUUUUCUUGCAGGGGAUCUUUCAAGUUGCUGCCUUUUUGCAGCCAUUCUCUUGGAUUGUCUCUUUAUCUCCCUCUUGCUCUGUUUAAAAUUCGUAGGCAUCUGAGCUUUGUUUCUUUUGAGCUCCUUUGUUUUUCGACCGUUAGUGAGUGGUUGGGUGGGUAGAAGCCUUUUUCUUGCUCCGUUUUGACUCUUGGAGUCUGUUGUUGAUGUGUUGGGAGUGCCAUGUCUUUGGCCGUCGGAGCUCUCUCUAGUUCUAAAACCAUGGGCUUGGAGGAGAACAAAGAGGUUGCUGAGAAAAAUGGGAUUUUGAUUGUAAGGGAAGGAGAAAAAGAGGAGAAGGAGAAGAGAGAGGAUGGGCAUGAUGGAGAGGACGGUCUCAACAGGCAGAUGAGUGUGGCCUCUCUGUAUGCCACUGAGGAUGAUGAUGAUGAGGAGGAGGAGGAUGGGAAAGGAGCCAAGGGGAUUGAUUUGGGACCUAAGGUCAGUCUCAAGGAUCAGCUGGAGAAAGAUAAGGAUGAUGAGAGCCUGAGGAGGUGGAAGGAGCAGCUUUUGGGGAGCGUGGAUUUUAGCUCUGUAGGAGAAAAUUUGGAGCCAGAGGUUAAGAUCCUAAGCCUUUCAAUCCAGUCUCUUGGUAGACCUGACAUAGUUCUUCCACUUCCUAUGGUCCCCAAUUCCAAGGGUGUAUGGUUUACUUUGAAAGAAGGUAGCAACUACAGACUCAAAUUCUCCUUCUCGGUGAGCAAGAACAUUGUCUCUGGCCUAAGAUACACCAACACAGUCUGGAAAACUGGUGUUAAGGUGGACAGCAUAAAAGAAAUGCUGGGUACCUUUAGCCCUCAAGUUGAGCCUUAUACAUAUGAGGCACCAGAAGAAACCACUCCCUCUGGAAUAUUUGCGAGAGGAUCAUAUUCUGCAAGAACAAGGUUUCUUGAUGAUGAUGGCAAAUGCUACUUGGAAAUCAAUUACACUUUUGACAUCCGUAAAGAAUGGCCGGCCACAACCAGCUGAGAGUAUCCUUUCCAUCUAGAGAAUUCACAUGCCUUCAGAGGCAAUGAAUUAUCUCAGCAAUUUCAGCAAAAUCCAGUUGCCGACAAGAAGAAAGUGGACAUCAUAAGGAAGCUUGGCACUCUGAGAUUUAUCCUUUCCUUUUACUUGUCAGUGUGUAAUGCCAUUGUGGGUGAAGGAAUUUAUUUGUUUUUAUUGUUUUGACUGACUUCUUGUUGAAAGGUUUCACCAUCUGUAUAUGGAUUGUUGGGGAAUAGCAUUGAUGGAGUCACAUGAUGUACUACUAUUAGUCUAUUUGUCAGCACAUGAACACUAGCUUGUCCCUUGCAUAGGUCAACUGAUUUUUAUUCCUGGAACGUAUUCUUGUUUGAGAC